UACGAGCACCUUCAAUGAAUGGUAGUAAAACAAUCUUGAAGAUGGCAGCUGAGGAGCAAUUGAAGGUUAAUGACAGAAUGGAGAGGGAACAAGACAAAGACAAAGUAGCCGAUGCAUUUGGUCUUGGGAAUGUUGUGAAAGACAGGCGCAUUUUCUCUCAAAACUUCACAAUUAGAUCAUAUGAUAUGGGCCCUAAUCACACGGCAACCAUAGAGACGUUGAUGAAUCUGUUACAGGAAACAGCUCUUAACCAUUUGAGGAGUAUGGGUCUUCUAAGGGAUGGAUUGGGUUCAACACCAGAGAUGAGUGGAAGGAACUUAAUAUGGGUGCUCUCUAAGAUGUAUGUUGUCGUGGAUCACUACCCUUCUUGGAAUGAUGAUCUUCGAGUAGAUAAUUGGUUUAUUCCAUCUGUAAAGAAUGGUCAUGGUAGUGAAUGGAUUAUCUGUGAUUGUUCAACUGGGAAAACUCUAACACGAGCAACCAGCAUGUUCGUGAUGAUGAAUAAAGAAACAAGAAAAUUAUCUGAAACACCAGAAGGGGUCAUAAGAGAAAUGGAACCUCAUUACAUAGAGUGCCCUCCGAUUCUGAAUGAGCAUAGCAGUAGACUACGAAAGCUCGAUUAUAGAAAUAUGGAGUAUGUCCGAACCGGUUUAACUCCUCGGUGGAAUGAUUUGGAUGCUAAUCAACAUGUGAACAACGUUAAAUUCGUUGGGUUAAUGCUUGAGAGUGUUCCCCUAUCAUUCUUGGAAAACCAUGAGCUUUCUUCUAUCAACUUGGAGUACAGGAGGGAAUGUGCAAUGGAUGACGUGCUUCAGUCUCUAACUUCUGUUUCUCAUAAAACAAUUGAUGAUGGCUCAAAUGAUACUGAUGGUGCUGAUGAGUGUUUCCACUUACUGCGUUUUGAGAGUGGGGCUGUGGUUGCCAGAGGAAGUACCAAGUGGAGGCCCAAACGUUCAAAGAACUUAUAUAAAGCAUAAAUAUAGGUU